AUGACCCACCAUAUUGUUGAACGCCCUAUAGGUGGAAAUCAAGAUAAGUUCUUUUUAUGGGCAAUGGUUAUUCUUCCAAUUUUAUCAUUGUGUGCAUAUGUUGGCGAUGCAUUUUACUUUUAUCAUGAAGCCCUUGAACAAACUCCAUCACUCUAUGAAGGUCUACUCUCGACAAUUCUUAUUCUCUUUGCCUACCUUCAAUACUGUGCACCAAUCAAAUCAAGAGAAUUACGUUUGGCUUAUCAUAUCUUGCUAUAUAUACUUAUCGAAACUGGACAUGUUGGCUAUAUUUUCGCAUACAGUUGUACAAAGGAUCUAUUCUCUGUUAUAAUAUUUGUGGGGUGGAUGCUAUGUGAUACAUUUUUUACAGCAGGAUUAAUCUAUUGUCGUAUAUAUCGUCAACUUCAUUUCCACAUUGAAGUGGAAAAUAAACAUAUUUUUCAUUUUAUAUCUCGAUUAGAUGUCAUCCUUGCUCUUUUUAUACCUGUCUUUCUUAAUAAGGAUCUUUCAACAACUACUCGUGAUAGUAUUGCAUUCUUUCUAUUAUUUGAUUUCUUCUCGGAGAAAUACGAACACUUUAGUAGUAUUUGGAUCAAAGCUUGUCUUUAUUUAUUCGCCGCUGUUACAACGAUUUCCAUCGCAUGUGAAUGGCUCUACUUUCGUUUUGACGAAGACGUCUUUAAUAGCAUUACCGACAUAGCUGAACUUGUUGCUGGAUGUUUGUGCAACUCUCUAAUUAUUAUGCAAUUUUUUCCUUAUCAUUUCAAGCCAAGGCAUUUACAAGAAAUGGCACAUCAGUCACAAGUUGCUGUCGUUGGUACUUAA